AUGUCCUGGAAGAAGACGCCAUUUGUGAUCACGACCACGGACAAGACGCCAAUCCUCCAGUGUGUCGGGCACGACAUGUUCAACAAGAAGCAAGUCAUCCUUGACGGUCAGGGUAACCACCUCGUGCGGCUCAACAGCAAGGCGUUGCCCUACAUUGCCGAGGACGCGGGUGGGAACGAACUCGUCCGACUGAGCAAUGCGGGUCGCAUUACCCCCAAGUUACAACCUACCUACCUCGACCACUUCACCGGUCUCCGCACGGAGCUGUCCCUUGUGGGACCUCUCUCAGGCGACGUCCUGGACAUCGUGGCCGGUGACAAGCCGAUUGCACGGUAUAGGAAGAAGUGGGAUGGUCGCGACACGGUACAUGGUGCCGCAACGACCUGGCUCGAAGUCGCGCAAGAUGUCGACAUUGUGCUCAUGGCAGUGAUCUGCAUCUCUAUCGACGAGUUCAGGGAGGCACAGCGGAAAGCGAGGAACAAUCAUGAAAGCGGGCCGGGACGACUAGGUACCCUCACCAAGUCCUCGAUGACGUUUUGA